AUGUCGCCGUGUGAGGACGCCCCUGAGGAACGUCGCUUCGAGUACAACUGGAUCGAUGGUGCAGAGAUCCUUGAAAAGUAUAAGCCAGGCGGGUAUCAUCCCAUCAUGAUUGGUGAUGUACUACGCGAUCGAUACCGUAUUGUCGAUAAGUUGGGUUAUGGGAGCUAUUCGACUGUUUGGCUUGCCCGUGACACUUGCUCGAAGCGCUAUGUCGCUGUUAAAGUGGGCAUUGCCGAUGCGCCUUCUCACGAGACAAAAAUUCUUCAAGCACUUGCCCAACACCAUGCCACAUCUGGUGAGCAUCCAGGUCGUGAUGCGAUACCUCUCCCUCUUGAUGUAUUUGAAAUCAGUGGCCCGAAUGGAACACAUCAGUGCUAUACUAUGCCUCCUGCACGAUGUAAUCUCAGAGAUGUCUCCUUUUGCCACCUCUUCCCUCUUGAAGUCACUCGUGCUCUGUCUUAUCGCCUCACUCUAGCUCUGGCAUAUACGCAUUUGCAAGGUUAUGUUCAUGGAGAUGUGCAUCUUCGCAAUAUUCUUGUCAAACUGCCAUCUUCACUCGAUCAACUCUCAGUAGAACAGUUUUAUAAGACCUAUGGCGAGCCCGAUACUAGCAAAAUCACACAAAGGGAUGGCAAACCGCUUCCUCCCAACAUCCCACCCAGGGCAGUCGUUCCGCUAUCCCUUGGGAAAGAGGCGGAAGAAUUUACUCUCGCUGAUGCUUGUGUGCUUCUGAGCGAUUUUGGCGAAUCAUUUGACCCAACCUACAACCCUCGCAGAGGCGAAAAUUGUCACACGCCACUACCCGCCCGGCCACCCGAAGCACUGUUUCGGCCAAAAGCUCCCCUCUUAUUCUCAGCUGACAUUUGGAGUCUUGCUACGUGUAUCUGGGAGAUCCUUGGUAUGAAGGCUAUCUUCAGCAGUGAAUGUUAUUCGGCAGAUGAACUGGCAUCUCAGCAAAUCGACAUACUGGGCCCUGUAUCCAAAAACUGGUGGGAGCAGUGGAACGAACGAGAUGAGUUCUUUGAUAUGAAUGGUCGUCCAGUGGAGGGUCGCUACGUGUGGCCUCCCAUCGAGCAGGCUUUUGAGGAGGGUAUUCAAAAAUACAGACGUCUGCGUCAAAUUGGCGAGUAUGGAACGGAAGAAACUGUUGCAAUUCUAGAUUUGAUGCGGCGAAUGUUCGCAUUUUUACCUGAGGAUCGACCUACCGCUGAAGAGGUAUUGAAGUCUGAAUGGAUGGUCAAAUGGUGUUUGCCUGACUUUGAGCGGCGCUUGCACCCAAGCAAGUAA